CGUCGUUGUUUUAAAAGUUAAGGAAACUUAAAACAUCGUGAAACUUUUUACUAGCAAGCAACUGAAUAGAAAGAAUAAGCGUUUAUUUAAAAUGAUUUGUUGUUUGUAACUAACUGUCAAGGAUAACUGCACUUUUAUCUGGUUUUUUUUCAACUAUUUGUUUGAGCUCAAUUUUAGUUUUGCUCAAGAUGGGAAUACGAUGAAUUCCUGAUUUCUCAGCUAUGACAAUCUGCUUUGUCCUAUCUCUAGUCUUAGUUUGUUCAAUUAUUAUGUGCCUUUCUGUACAAGAUAAUGCUGAAAAACUCCAUGGAAUCAAUUGCAAGGUUGAUGAACUGUUCAGUUCUGCAUAUGUAACACCAGUAGUGGACCAAUCCACUUUAGUUACUGGGUGCAAUUCUCGUGACACAGCAUCAGGAGAACAGGAAAUUCAUGUUCUCAGCCUUUUGAGAGCUAGUAUUCAUUCUUUUGAAGCAAGGAAUGAAUACAUCCCUAGUGUUUCUCUUGAUGUUCGUCCCCGUUGGAAGGAAAAGCCACCUGCAUCUGCUGUUAUUAUACUUCUCUCUGCUACACCUGUAAUGUGGCAAAUGAACUUGCAUCACAUGGGAAAUAGUACAAGUUUUCAUGUUAUUGUUAAUAAAACAUCUCAUGUAGUUCCUAGCAUUCCAGUACCUGUUACUCGUCGAAAACUUCCUCCCAUGAAAAGAUUAUCGACAUGGAUUAAAAGUCAUCAUGGUGCUGUUACUUCUUUUUCAUUUAUUCCUGUUGCUAAUGAGAUCACAUUAUUUAUUGGCAUCGAUACAUCUGAUUCUGCUCAAGGUUGCAAUUUCAGCAGUCAAGCACAAUCAGUUCAUGUGAAGGCCAGUUUUGUGCAACUCCAACCUGCUACUGGUUGUUCUGUAAAAAAUCCAAAUGAUAAUAGAAAAAAGCGCAGUAUUUUAUAUGUUAUUGAAUUGAACUCAAAUGCUCUCAAUAGCGAUGUGUUAGUACACUUGAAGCAUGCAAAUUCAGAAUUAACUCAUAAAAACAUUGCUGAAUUGAAUGUUACUUUAGUUUUGAAGUGCCAUCUACCUGUUGAAUGGAUUGUGGAAUCCAGUGGUAUCAAGGGAUUAUUACGUAUUGUGGCUGAGCAUCCAGUUCAAAUCCGAACAAAUCCAUUGCUUUUAACAACAAUAGUUCAAGAAAAGAAUCUUGCAUUUACAACGUCAGCACUCCUCUCAUCAGUACAAAAUUCUUUUGGUCCCAUUGACACAUAUAUGAGAUCAUCUAAAGCAAAUCGCAUCAAUAUUAUUAUCAGAGAAAAAACAAAGUAUACAGUAGAAGACAUAUCUGGCGAGAGUAAUCCAUCUGUUGAAUCUUCCAUGAAUGAGGAAAAGUCUUCAGCCAGUUCUGAAAUUAAUAUUGUUUUGGGAAAAGGAAAGCCAGAGAAUGGAUCAGUGAAAAGUAAGUAA